AUGUCAUUCUGGCAGAAUAUACAUUCACAACAGGAGGAAGCUACAAUUGAUUAUGAUGACUAUGAUGAAGAUGAGGUUCAAAUCGUUAAAGAAUCAGAUAAAUAUGAUCAAAUACAUGUAAAGAUUGAAGAGUUACAACGUAGUUCACAACAACGAGACAAAGAUGAUGAUGACGAUGACAAUGUUGACGAAUAUGAUGAGGAUGAAGUGUUCAACUCACAGCAACAACGACAACAACAAUCGACAAAGCCAACUACAUCAACGACAUCAACAUCAACAACAUCAACAACAAACAACAACACUCAACCAAUCAAGAGACCAAGAGAUGAAACAACGAGUACUGAACAUAAUGAUGUAUCGAUAAAGAUUAAGAAGUCAAGAAUAUUUGGACCUCCAAAUGAGGUCAAACAGGAGCCUCCAUUCGACGUAUCAUCACUCAGACCUUAUAUGAGCAAGGAGGCCGACGAGGUCUAUUCCCAACUCUUUCAACUGCCACUUCGAUGGCCAGUCUACGAUCGCAAGAUUCGACACGAGUACAGCGAGGAACGAGUCCUUCCUCACAACCUCUCCGAUCUAUACCUCGACCUACUCCAAGACAACAUCACUCAUAUCUGGGAUGUCAUUCACUCCGAGAACAAGACACCGCUCAUGCCUAAUAUGGUCACAGUGCUAUCGAUGAUGUCAUGCACAUUCCUUACAGACCUCUUGGACAACAUAUUCUAUCACAAUGAGUUGACAAACUACCGAUUCAGUAAAUCAGUUCAUACAUUGAUAGGACGAACCAAGGAGGUCACAAUCGAAGAGGUCAUCCGCGCUGCAAGAGCAAUCGAUACACCAAAGAAAUCAAUGCCGGUGCUUAACAAAUUGGCCUCGGUCGUCAAUGACUACAAUAACCUUGACAACAAGAUUGCACGUCUAAGGGAGGAGGUGACAGAACCAAUUCGACAACUGUUCAAACCUGGUUGGAAGGUCAAGGUGGCAAGGUUGGCGAAUGGCUUUUAUUAUGUUACUCCGCUUGGCCGUGUUAUAACAGAGGGUGUCAAGAUGGCCCUGUGUCGUUGUUAUCAAAAGGAACAUAGUGAUCCAUUCAUUAUGAAGAAGGUACAAAUCUACAACAACCUGAUGACGCCGAUAUGGAAGGCCGAGAAGGAGAUCCGAAAGAACCCAGCAGCGUACGAGCGCAAGAAUGAUGGACACAUCCAUCAUUAUCGCUUCCCAUUCAUUGAAGAAGAAGGCUUCAGGCAGCUCAGAACAAAGUUCAGAAAGUACGCCGCCAAGUACAAGACCAGCAUAGCCUAA